ACCUGAAGAACACAGACAAGAUGCAGAAGACAGUCGUUCAGUGGGGUUUAUGGGCCCUGUUACUGUGGCCCCAACAUCUUGCUGCAAGCAUCCCACUAGACUGUAGAGACGAUCAGGGCAACCUGAGCCGCUGCACCUCCAUCUCCCAGGAGAAGCUUCUGGACCGAGUCAUUCAUCAUGCUGAACUCAUCUACCGUGUCUCAGAAGAACUGUCCUCUUUGUUUGAGGAGUUGUUCAUCCCAUUUCCUUUUAGGCUGCAGAGUAAUCAGGCUGCCUAUUCAUGCAUCACCAAAGCCCUGCCCAUCCCCAGUUCCAAAAGUGAAGUCCAGCAAAUAUCUGACAAAUGGCUGCUUCAUUCCGUGCUGAUGCUCGUCCAGUCUUGGAUUGAGCCUUUGGUCUACCUACAGAUGACAAUGGAACGCUACGAUCACGCCCCUGACAUGCUGCUCAACAAGACAAAGUGGGUGUCUGAGAAACUUAGUAGCCUGGAGCAAGGAGUUGUGGUUCUCAUUAAAAAGAUGCUGGAUGAGAACACACUGGCCACAGGUUACGGUGAACAAGGUGUAGUCCAGAAUGAUGUGCAGCCGGAGGUGCUGGAAUCUGUUAUGAGGGACUAUACCCUGCUCAGUUGCUUCAAGAAAGAUGCCCAUAAGAUGGAGACUUUCCUCAAGCUACUCAAGUGUCGUCAAACUGAUAAAUACAACUGUGCAUAAAACAUGAAGUGGAGCUUUUAAAUAAUGCAGUAUUUGGCUUUAAAUGAAUUUCUUAGGUUGUUAGUGUGCACUUAAAGAUAUGACCAUGCCUUGGGCGCUUUAGCCUCGCUUGUAAUGCAGCACAUUUCUUAUUGAUUGUUUUGGAACACCUUCACACAAAAAUAAGUAGGUGUAAUGCUGUGCCCUUUCGUAACCAUGCGUUGCAUUUUUAGAUUUUUUUUCUAUCUCAGUUGUUAUUUUAACCUGGCACAGGCAAAAGAAGACUAACUCCCAAAAGACCAUUUGUAUGUCGAGCUGUCAAAAAAAUCUACAUAUCCCGCUAUUGAUUUCCAUUUCCUUUGUUCUUAACUAGAGUUGGUAUUCCUUGCUGGCUCUUGCAGUGCUUUGAUUAUACUUGUGGCCCCUGGAGUAUUCAGUGUGCCUCCCUUGUUAAAUGGAGUGGGUUUCACUUCUGCAUAAGAAAAUGUACCGAUUUUGCUGAAGAAGAGAGUUACAAAUAGCAUUCUCUCUCUCUCUCUCUCUCUCUCUCUCUCUCUCUCUCUCUCUCUCUCUCUCUCUCUCUCUCUCUCUCUCUCUCUCUCUCUCUCUCUCUCUCUCUCUCUUUGUCUCUCUAUCUCUCAAAAAUAUGAUCAUGAAAAUGAAUGGCUAUAAAUUAACUAACCAGUAUAGCUAAAGAAAGCUAUGAUACUCUUCUACAACUAAAUAUGACUGAUGUCAUCAAAUUUAUAAAAGACACGUGUGAAGACAUUUUGUUGUGUUUAAAUGUUCAGGGAAUCAACCAUUUCAGUUUCUGCUGUUUUGUGCUUAUAUAUUUAAUGUAGAAUACAAACAACUAUCUUUUGAUGUGUGAAUAGAUUUUGUGCUGUGUGCACUUUAGCUGUCAGCUGCUGUUGGUGUUUGAAGCAAAUAAA